UCCAAAGGGUGUGCCCUGACCGGCACUCCAAGCUAUGGAGUAUCCACAGUAACGUGUCAACCGCCGACCUCGGGCCAUUUUCCCGAUGUCCCGUCGUCUCAAGGGCGUGUAGAACCCGCUUUUUGGGGGAGGAAUGAACAAAAAUCGACUGGGAGUUUUUUCAAAACACGUACAUAUGCCCUGCCACCCACCCCGCUCACCUAGGUGCGUCAGAACUGCUGGGACAUCUGUCACGUGAAGGGGUGGGUUGCCCCUCCACACCUGUGGGCGUUUCUCGUUAGGUGGAAAGAGAGACUUGGAAAAGAAAGAGACACAGAAACAAAGUAUAGAGAAAGAAAAAUGGGCCCAGGGGACCGGCGUUCAGCAUACAGAGGAUCCACGUCGGCACUGGCCUCUGAGUUCCUUAGUAUUUAUUGAUCAUUAUCCGGUGUGGCAGGAUAAUAGGAUAAUAGUGGAGAGAAGGUCAGAAGGUAAACACGUGAACAAAUGUCUCUGCAUCGUAAACAAGUCACGUGUACUUGGGGAAGAACUCCCCUGGUGAUUCUGACACUCUUGCCCUACGCCUCAGCCACUGAGAACUAUUGGUAUGGAGGGCCUGUAAUUUAUCAAGGCGCAGCCUCAGAUCUCUCUGCCUCGCAGAUACCUUCCUCACCCGGGUCAGAAUGACUUGCCUCAGGCUCCUGCCAAAGAGUUUGCACCACUCAUUUCUUCCCUAUUUUGUAGAGAUGGUGUUUCCCUAAGUUGCUCAGGCUGGUCUCGAACUCCUGGCCUCAAGUGAUCCUCUCGCCUGGGCCUCCCGAAGUGCUGGGAUUACAGGCGCUGGUCUUGAACUCCUGGCUUCAAGCAAUCCUCUUUCCUCGGCUUCCCAAAGUGCUGAGAUUGAUUACAAGUGUGAGGUACCGCACCCAGCUACAAUCCUUUAAUGGGAUGUUUUUUGGGGGGGUGGCAGGGGGCAGGAUCUUUCCCAGGCAGGAGUGCAGUGGCUAGAUCUAGCUCACUGUAACCUAUACUGUUCCAGUGUAACCUGCACCAAGCCAUCCUCCCACCUCAGUCUCUUGAGUAGCCAGGAACACAAGCACACAUCACCACACCUGGCUCUAACAUGAUUUUGCUUUUUGCUUUUGUCAUUUUGGCUGCUGUUCUUUUUAUCUUUCAUUCAUUCAAGGUCUGAAGAUGGAGAUAAUAGGAAUCUUCUCAUCUCAGUGUGCUCUUUAGCCCUUCCUCUUAAACUGAUGCCCCUCUCACGCCCUGAGGGAUUUGGCCUUGCGUUGCCCUGGAAGGGGUUCCCAGCUCAGUUUCACAGACCUUUGUGGAAGCAGCAACAGCUCCCAUCCUUCCAACCUUUCUGAAGAAGCCGUGGCCUGAUGGUGAGCCGAACGGGCUGGGGGGGGAGAAGAAGGUGGCUGGGGCGGUGGGGAGACCUGGGGCCCGGAUCGGUGCCCCUCCUCCCCAUGCCGCUGCCACCUCCUCCUCCUCCUUCAUGCCGGGGACCUGGGGGAGGGAGGAUCUCCAUCUUCUCUCUGUCCCCUGCCCCUCAUACAAGAAGCUCCCCCUCCUCAUUUUCCCCUCCCACUGCAGGGCCCCCUUGCUCAGUGCUACAGGGGACAGGGGCUUCUCAGCCUUGCCACAGUGCUCUCCCUACCCCAGCCACCCCCCCAACACAGGAUCAACCUGCAAUGACACCUGCCUCUGCAUCUCCCUCCUGGGGAUCCCACUCCACCCCAUCCCUAGUCUCGGCAACUCCCCCUCCCUCACACCAGUGCCCCCAGGACUCUCCUGGGCUGCGGGUAGGCCCUUUGAUCCCUGAACAGGAUUAUGAGCGGCUGGAGGACUGUGACCCUGAGGGAUCCCAAGACUCACCCAUCCACGGGGAGGAGCAGCAACCCCUGCUUCACGUCCCUGAAGGGCUCCGAGGCUCCUGGCAUCACAUCCAGAACCUGGACAGCUUCUUCACCAAGAUCUACAGCUACCACCAGCGGAAUGGCUUUGCCUGCAUCUUGCUGGAGGAUGUCUUCCAGCUGGGACAAUUUAUUUUCAUUGUCACCUUCACAACCUUCCUCCUUCGAUGCGUGGAUUACAAUGUUCUCUUUGCCAACCAUCCAAGUAACCGUACCAGACCUGGGCCGUUCCACAGCAAAGUGACCUUGUCAGAUGCCAUCCUACCCUCAGCCCAGUGUGCUGAGAGGAUCCGCUCCAGCCCGCUGCUGGUCCUCCUCCUGGUCCUGGCUGUGGGGUUCUGGCUGGUCCAGCUGCUUCGCUCAGUCUGCAACCUCUUCAGCUACUGGGACAUCCAGGUGUUUUACAGGGAGGCCCUGCACAUCCCCCCGGAGGAGCUGAGCUCGGUUCCCUGGGCAGAGGUGCAGUCCCGCCUCCUGGCGCUGCAGCGGAGCGGGGGCCUGUGCGUGCAGCCGCGGCCCCUGACGGAGCUGGACAUACACCACCGCAUCCUGCGCUACACCAACUACCAGGUGGCGCUGGCCAACAAAGGCCUGCUGCCGGCCCGCUGCCCGCUGCCCUGGGGAGGCAGUGCCGCUUUCCUCAGCCGCGGCCUGGCGCUCAAUGUCGACCUACUGCUCUUCCGCGGUCCCUUCUCGCUCUUCCGCGGGGGCUGGGAGCUGCCGCACGCCUACAAGCGCAGCGACCAGCGGGGCGCCCUAGCAGCGCGCUGGGGGCGCACAGUGCUGCUGCUGGCCGCCCUGAACCUGGCGCUGAGCCCGCUGGUGCUGGCCUGGCAGGUUCUGCACGUCUUCUAUAGCCACGUGGAGCUGCUGCGGCGCGAGCCUGGCGCGCUGGGGGCGCGCGGCUGGUCCCGCCUGGCGCGCUUGCAGCUGCGCCACUUCAACGAGCUGCCGCACGAGCUGCGCGCGCGCCUGGCCCGCGCCUACCGCCCCGCCACCGCCUUCCUGCGCGCCGCUGCGCCCCCCGCGCCCCUGCGCGCGCUGCUGGCCCGCCAGCUCGUUUUCUUCGCGGGCGCACUCUUCGCCGCGCUGCUUGUGCUCACCGUCUACGACGAGGACGUGCUAGCUGUGGAGCACGUGCUCACCGCCAUGACCGCGCUCGGGGUCACCGCCACCGUGGCCAGGUCUUUCAUUCCGGAAGAGCAGUGCCAGGGUCGUGGGCCGCAGCUCCUGCUGCAGACAGCCCUGGCCCACAUGCACUACCUCCCGGAGGAGCCCGGCCCCGGCGGCAGGGACCGCGCCUACCGGCAGAUGGCGCAGCUGCUACAGUACCGAGCGGUCUCCCUCCUGGAGGAGCUCCUGUCCCCGCUCCUCACCCCGCUGUUUCUGCUUUUCUGGUUCCGCCCUCGUGCCCUGGAGAUUAUCGACUUUUUUCAUCACUUCACUGUGGAUGUGGCUGGGGUUGGGGACAUCUGUUCCUUUGCCCUUAUGGAUGUGAAGCGCCACGGCCACCCUCAGUGGCUCUCGGCGGGACAGACUGAGGCCUCACUGUCUCAGCGUGCGGAGGACGGCAAGACUGAGCUUUCUUUGAUGCGGUUCUCCCUGGCGCAUCCGCUCUGGCGCCCCCCAGGGCACAGCUCUAAGUUUCUUGGGCACCUCUGGGGCCGAGUGCAACAAGAUGCAGCUGCCUGGGGCGCCACCUCGGCUCGCGGCCCCUCCACUCCGGGGGUGCUCAGCAACUGCACCUCGCCCCUGCCUGAGGCCUUCCUGGCCAACCUCUUCGUGCACCCUCUCCUGCCCCCGAGAGAUCUGAGCCCGACAGCCCCCUGUCCAGCUGCGGCCACAGCCAGCCUCCUUGCCUCCAUUUCCCGAAUUGCCCAGGACCCCAGCUCUGUGUCCCCAGGAGGCACUGGGGGCCAGAAGCUGGCCCAGCUCCCAGAACUUGCUUCUGCUGAGAUAAGUCUCCAUGUCAUCUACCUGCACCAGCUUCACCAGCAGCAGCAGCAGGAGCCAUGGGGCGAGGCUGCAGCCUCCAUCCUGUCCAGGCCCUGCUCCAGCCCCUCACAGCCACCCUCGCCUGAUGAGAAGCCAUCCUGGUCAAGUGACGGCUCCAGUCCUGCCUCUAGCCCCAGACAACAGUGGGGAACCCAGAGGGCCCGGAAUCUGUUCCCUGGAGGGUUUCAGGUGACCACAGACACCCAGAAGGAGCCUGGCCGGGCCUCUUGCGCUGACUGAGACGACUCCUCAGGGUCAGUAGUGCCUCCUGUGAGGGGAGGGAGAAAGGACUGCAUAGGUAGUUGGUUCGGAGUCAGACUUGAAGCGAUGGGAGCAGUGGUGGGAAUUUGGGGUGAUGGGAGGUGGUCAUCUCUGGAAUCGACCCCUGGACUGCUUGCUAAGAGCCAUCUCCUCCCACAGGUGCCCUGGCUUCCGCAGCCACAGGAGAUUGGAGGGUGGAGUGGAAAAACACAAGGAGUCAUUGUUAGAGGCCCCAUAGAUGACAGGCCCAGGUGCUUUAGUUGGGCAGGACCUGGGAGUCAGUGAGGAACUUGCCCCGAGAACAGAGAAAAGGUAGGAAAGGAGAGGAGAUGCUGAUGGCAUCUGGAAACAAGUCUUAGGGAUGGUCUCCACCCGGAGGGGAUAAGGGGAGACACCCACAACUGGAAUGUGUCCUGGAGCAGUUGCCUGGGAAGAAGUCCUCAAGUUUCCUCAAGGUGGGGGACAGAGGUCAAGAAUGAGGCCGAGCUAAAUGGAAGGGCGACAGUGAGGCAGGUGGGCUUUAAGGCUGUGGAUUCGUCAUGCUGGCGGCUGCCAGCAGCACUUUCAGGUUCCUUGGGGCUUGCAGGGGAUGGGGACUUGUGAGUGGAAAGACGGGAGGGCUGAUGUUUUUGGACUUCAGCACGGGUGUGAUGUCUCAGGAAGUGGGCGUGGCUCCCCAUCCUGUAUGAAAUAAGCAGUAAAGCUUGCUCAUGGCUGUUGCACAUCUCUGUGACUCUUCUUUCUGGCAGGCCCCACUCCUGGCAGCUGAGUGCUGCACCUGCCUUCUCGAUCACGAGCCUGAGAACUGCACGGGGGAGCAGCCCAGACUGGCUGGAAACCAUGUUUUCAGAGUACAGGGUCAAGUGGCCUGUAGGACUCUCUGUCAAAAGAAUGACCCCUUUCCCCGCCACAUACCCACAACUGCACAGGUUAAAACAGAAAUCUGGUCAUUUUAUAAUUGUAAUCCACGCUGGGCGAAGUGGCUCACACCUGUAAUCCCAGCACUUUGGGAGGCUGAGGCGGGUGGAUCACGAGGUCAGGAGUUCAAGACCAGCCUGGCCAACAUGGUGAAACCCCAUCCUUACUAAAAAUACAAAAACUAGCUGGGCGCGGUGGCAGGCACCUGUAAUCCCAACUACUCGGGAGGCUGAGGCAGGAGAAUCACUUGAACUUGGGGGGCAGAGGUUGCAGUGAGCUGAGAUCACACCACUGCACUCCAGCCUGGGUGGCAGAGGGAGACUCCAUUUCAAAACAAACAAACAAACGAAAAAAAAAACAAAAC